GUGCUUGUCAAAUCGAAAAUGUCAAUAAAUAAUCUCCAAUAUGUUCAAAAAUAUUUAGAAUAAUUAUUAAAUAAGGCAUUAAAGUAUGGCUGCUGCUUGUAGUGAAGGUUCGCCAACAACAACACCCGUCUCGCAAGUUAACAAUUCCAUAGCUGUUGAGAGAAACAAUGGAUCCAGAUCACCUUCGUUGUCUUCUGUAAAUAAUUUUCAGUGGACCUCCCUUUUGGUUUCCAAAACGGCUUAUAAGAAAGGAAAGAAACAUAGAGGUCGCGAUCCAGUGGUGAUCGAGCGUAGUAAUUUAGUCAAUAUCAGCAAGCUGGUGGUGAAGGAGUUGAUCGAACAAUCAUUGAGAUAUGGCAGGAUGCUCGAUUCGGAUCACAUGCCGCUCCAGCAUUUCUUCAUCGUCUUGGAGCACGUACUGAGACACGGCCUUCGACCCAAAAAGGGUUUAUUAGGUCCUAAGAAAGAAUUAUGGGACAUAUUACAGAUGGUUGAAAAGUACUGCCCCGAAGCACAAGACAUAACGGCUAGCGUAAGGGACCUGCCGACUGUUAGAACUCACAUGGGAAGAGCUAGAGCAUGGCUUCGAAUCGCCUUGAUGCAAAAGAAACUAGCCGAUUACCUCAAGGUGCUGAUAGACCACAAGGACGAGGCCCUGGUGGAGUACUUCGAACCGGACGCUUUGAUGCUGAGCGACGAAGCUAUCGUUAUCAUUGGGCUCCUUGUAGGCCUGAAUGUCAUCGAUUGUAACCUUUGCGUUAAGGAGGAGGAUUUGGAUUGCCCUCAGGGCGUGAUAGAUUUUUCGUUGUAUCUGAGAUCUUCGAGUCACGUCUCGACGGAUUCGUCCAACGAAGAACAAGGAGACGCUAUGAUAACGGUGCUCGAUCAGAAAAAUUACAUCGAAGAAUUGAACAGGCAUCUGAACGCCACCGUGGCAAAUCUCCAAACGAAAGUCGAGACUUUGACCACCACGAACGCCCUCAUGAAAGAGGAUCUGGCCAUUGCGAAGAACAAUUUGUUGGCGCUGUACGAUGAAAACAGGCACUUGAGGGGCGAAUUGGGCAGGGAGCCCGGGAAACCAGCCGCAGGUGCGGUUGCUAUUCGGCCAGGUAAAAUAGAAGAAAAAGACGCCGUUCCCAAAGAUGCUGUAGAUAAGAUCAGUCAAGGGGAAAUCGUGGAAUUGAAGCAGAGAUUAGAGGAGGAACGAAGGCUGAGGAAGGAAGCUGAUAACGAGCUGGAAAUACAAAUGUGCAUGAAGGCCGAAAUGGAAGUGGCCAUGAAGCUGUUGGAAAAAGACAUUCACGAGAAACAAGACACCAUAAUAUCGUUGAGAAGGCAAUUAGAUGAUAUUAAAUUGAUCAAUUUAGAAAUGUAUAGAAAACUCCAAGAAAGUGAGGCUUCUCUGAGGCAUAAAACUGAGUUUAUAACCAAGCUAGAGGCUAAAGCACAAUCUAUGACAGAAACUUUAAUAGCACUCGAAAAUAAGUACCGCGAGAGCGAGUCCAAUCGCGUGGCUGCCGAGCAACUGAAGCGUGAGGUAGACAUUCAAGCGGCCCAAGUGGAGGAGCAGGCCUCUAACAUCGAAGGGGAUUUGAAGGUGGAACGGGAGUGGAGGAUUUCCCUGCAAAGCACCAUGCAGCAGGACAGGGAGCGAAUAUCCAAGCUUCAAGUGGAAAACGGGCAACUCAAGUUAAUCGCUCAGAGAUACGCCCAGCUACAAGAAGAGUAUUAUACACUAAAGGACCAGUGCAUUGAGCAAGAACAUACUCUAGAGGAAUUGGGCGGAGAAUUGAAGGAGUCCAAGUUGCAGUUAUCGGAUAUGAAGGAAGAGUUGAAUAAAUCUCGCCCGGAAGGGUCUUGGGCCAAGGAUGAUAGUACAACGAAUUGCAAGGGGUGCACUAAAGAGUUUAAUCUCACAAGGAGAAAGCACCAUUGUCGAAAUUGCGGAGAUAUAUUUUGCAAUGCUUGCUCGGACAACACGAUGCCUUUACCUUCUUCUGCUAAGCCUGUAAGGGUGUGCGAUAGUUGCAACUUUGUUUUAAUGGGCAGAAAUACUGUGAUGAAUUAGAUGUUAAGGUUAAAAUUGUCUAUUGAAAGAAAAAUAUAUAUUUAUUAUACAAUUUAUUAACUGAUUAA